AUGUAUCCACCGCAACCCCCUCCUCCUCAUCAACGUAUGCAGUUUGUCCCGCCCACUUCAGACUUCCCAGCACCCCUCCCUCAACGUAGACUGAACCCACAAUUGGACCAAUCCCGUUACCAGCCGCUUCUACAACCCCCUUCGCGUCCUAUGCAACCACCUCUGAAUGAACCGACAAUCAACCACCAUCAUCCCAGACUAUCUACAUUCUUUAACCAUGACCUCUACCAGAAUCAAGGUUUCGCAUUUUUCCCCUCUCCAUACAACCAGAGCCAACGCCGCUCCUACGCUUCGGUAGCAGCCCCGCCCACCUUUUACAACUACGCUUCAGCGAGCUGCACUUAUUGCGGCGAACUCAACCAUCUGCCUAGUGGAGGAGGUGGUGGUGGUAGUGGUGGUGUUGGUGGCUGUGGUGGGGCUGGUGAUUUUGGUGGUGGCAGUGGUGGGGCUGGUGGUUGUGGUUGUGGUUGUGGUGGGGCUGGUGGUUUGCCUAGUGGAGGAGGUGGUGGUGGUAGUGGUGGUGUUGGUGGCUGUGGUGGGGCUGGUGAUUUUGGUGGUGGCAGUGGUGGGGCUGGUGGUUGUGGUUGUGGUUGUGGUGGGGCUGGUGGUUUGCCUAGUGGAGGAGGUGGUGGUGGUAGUGGUGGUGUUGGUGGCUGUGGUGGGGCUGGUGAUUUUGGUGGUGGCAGUGGUGGGGCUGGUGGUUGUGGUUGUGGUUGUGGUGGGGCUGGUGGUUGUAGGGCUUGGCAGGUGGUGGUGGUAGUGGUGGUGAUGGUGGAAGAGAUGUUGAUGGCCAUCAUCCUGAUAUGUAUCAUCUCGCAGCAGUACACCUCCCAAGACUGUGCCAAGCAUCUCUUCAUCAGUAUCAUAGGCUACCUGGUCCUCCUGGGCUGCUCCAUUAUCACAGAAGGGGUGAUCGUUUUCCUCAGCCUGAGAGGGACCAUUCUCUAUGUCAGACCAAGACAUCAUAUCAAAACAGUACUCUACAUCAAAGGAACACUUAUAGGAGUCAGCUUAAUAUGGUCCAUACUGAGUAUACGCUGGCUCGUCAUGUCCUACUCAGACUGUACUAUACAUCAAAUUAAACAAACCGUAUUAGGCCUUAUUAUAUUCCAUUUCAUAGUACUACUAGCCCUUUCUAUUCUCACAUGGUGCGUAUGGGACCGAGCAGGACAGAGCUUCGUCAAAUUAAAAAAGACGGAGAAGGAACGGAACAUCAAGAGAACGGCCAGCAGGGUCGAGAGAAACCUACAGAGGGAGCUGAGAACUCAAGCCAAGUAUGAACAGAACUGGGACAAGAGGUUGCGAUUCUGGUUCUGCUGUACCGCUUCGGGAGAAACUCAAGAGAGUGCCUUUUCAGACAUUGCCAUCCUGUUCUCAGAGUUCUUCCGAGACCUUGACGUUGUCCCCACCGACGUCCUUGCUGGUCUGAUGCUACUCAGGGAAGAACAGAAGCAACGAAGAAGAGCCAUAGAGAACUCACCCCAAAACAGUGUCUUCAAGUUCUUGUCGGGUGUUGCUGUAACACCCGAGACCAAGUUCCUGGACUUACAUAAAGCAGAGGACAUGGAUCUAUUUGAAGAGCUCCAUUACUACUUCAAGUUUGCUGCAGCUUCGUACGGUUGGAAGGGCUAUGUGAUGGUCUAUGGUGCUGAGGGGUGCUGCACUAUGACCAGGGAGUGCAGAUGCUGCUGUUUUAAGAGACGCCGCCACUACCACCUGGACGAGACCUCCGAUCCCGACGCCGACAACUGCUGCAUGUGCAACUUUGCUGCCCUUAAGAAGAUGUCGGGCCUGAGCAACACCGACAUCGUCUACGCCACAUUCCACGUCUCGGUGUGGGAGACGCCAUUCUUCGUAGCAUUGGAUCAUGAGAGGAGUCGUGUGGUGGUGUCAAUCAGGGGCACGCUGUCUGUCGCCGACAUCGUGACUGACCUCAGCGCAGACACAAGCCCCAUCUCGGGUCAAGACGAGGAGUCACCGUACCAGGGUCAUAAGGGUAUGGUGGCAGCAGCGAGUUACAUCAAAAGAAGACUGAUAGACGAUAUGUUACUCCACCAAGCAUUCACUUCAGAUGAGGAAAGAGGAACACCGAAUUAUCAACUGUUGUUAGUUGGUCAUUCGUUGGGAGCUGGGAUAGCGGCCAUCUUGGGUAUCAUGCUGAGACCAGACUACCCCUCACUCAAGGUCUAUGCCUACUCUCCUCCAGGAGGGUUGCUAUGCAAGGAAGCGUCUGAGCAUGCCGCUGAGUUUGUAACCUCUCUAGUGGUCGGGAAGGAUGUUGUUGCUAGGAUCGGUCUAUCUCAGAUGGAAUUCCUCCGGGCUGAUCUCCUCAACUGCAUCAAGAUGUGCAGAGACCCCAAGUGGAGAGUAAUAAUGGGUGAGCUGCUCUGCUGCUGUACGGUCCAUUCCAAGAAUCUAGCCCCUGUUGAAGACGUGGAUGCGCCGUCUCCGAAUCCAUGCCGGCUCGACAAAGCCUUCCACCCCACCAACCACGCCCUAGUGCUGUCAACGCACAGCCCCCUCUUCCUACCAGGGAGGGUGCUGCAGAUUGUCCGCAAUAACCACAAGAGAGAGGGUAUCAGCAGGAAAGACUGUGCCUACUACGGUAUCUGGAGGGAUCUAGAGGACUUCAGUGAGGUUCUCAUCUCUCCAGUCAUCAUCAAGGACCAUCUGCCAGGAGGUGUCAUGACAGCUCUCAAUGGGUGCAUGGAGUAUGGCAAGAGGCAUGGACUACCGAAGCGCUUUUCGCAGGUCGGCAGGACCCCCAUGAGUCCCCCAUCUCCGAGUCAAGAUUUCAACCAACCACCCUCCUCAUCAUCCUCCCGGUCGUCCUACCUCCAAAUGAAGCCAGCCAGAGAGGGUGGUCAUACUGUACAUUUCCAGGACUCCCCUUCCAAAUCAUCAGGGUCUUCCAAAAAGUCCUCACCUACCAAGAGAUGGGGAAACAAAGCCUCAGAAUCCAACAACAACUUGCCUUCAGAUCUACCCUCAACACCUGAAGAGCGGGUGCCAUUCUUGCCUUAUUCCUCAGAGCGAUCUAUUCCUGAUGAUAAACUAAGAACUAACUCCCAAAAUUACCAGCCCAUUACAACUCUAUCGAACCUUGCCUCAAACUGCCAAAGUGAGGGCAGUGCACUACACGAGCGUCUGGCCCCACUGGCCAGCAGUGAGUCAUUCACAACGACCGAGUCAGCGAGGUCCUCCAUCUCUUCCACGAGCUACUCGUCCGUUCUCGACCGCUUCCAAGGUUUCCCAAAUACCAAAGACGAAGGCUACUGUUACUACGUCGCAAACGAAUCCCAAUCGACCUUGCAUAACACUACCGAAGAUUCCGGGGAGGACUCUGACAAACCAAACGCAGUCAUGACAACGGCUACCAUAGAAUCAAGGCCUUGUAACCAUGACAACAAGAUGGAAACAUCCGUUAAGACUUCACCAUCCCCGGUUGGACCUUGGAGUUUGUUCCGGGGAGGUAACAGUCAUAUGUUUGAUGAAGAGGGUAACGUGAAAGGGCGUACCUCCACGGAUGAUAGGUACACCUUGACCUAUGAUGGGAUGGAUCUCGACCCUGCUACCGGCAGUGAGGGGGGCACCGAUUCACCCCUCUCAUCAAGACCACAUUCCAGUGUGGGAGCCUCUGCAACCCAACCAUACAUCCCUGAGGCUAAGUUAGGCCACGGCUACACCCAGUACCACCCUGUCAGCCCCGACGGCUUCGACACCGACGACGACAUCGAUGACGAGGCUCUCUUUGCCUCCCUCAGACCAGGACUGUACGAGAACCAUAGCAAACAACCAAGAAAGAGCUUCACGCUACCCGUCGGAACAAGUCUUCCGCUGUACGGAGACGACCUUGAGGUCAAGGAAGGGUCACCGGAGGUUCGUCCAAGGAGGAAGAGGAGGCGGAGCUUGGAUACGGUGUCGUCAGCGACGUUGACGUCGUCGGGUAGUUCCCAUAGUUCACCUCAGCGGCAAGGAGAAACAAAGCCUCUGGCCUCGGGUGCUCUAUGACACUUAUCUUGCACAGGAGAGACAAGAAUUCUACCUUCUGAACAUUUAUGGAAGAAAUUAUAAGAGAAAUGUUAUGCCACAUAGAAUAUAGAAUUAGGUCGUUUUUUUAAAAACUGUUGGUGGGUGAACUGCAGUAUUCAUUUUAGAAAUCUGCAGGGCAUAUAUUCUACUAAAUCAGUCAGACAUCCUACAAGACACAGGUCAUAAAGGAAUAACUUCGACUUCUGUCUAAGUUCCUUUGUAAAAAUUUACUUAGGACCAAGUUAAGUUCUCUUGACAUAUCGUCCCUAUCUUCACGAAGUGAUGGUAGUGAAGAAAAUCGCAUACAAUUUGCGAGACGAUUUUCCUCACUACCGUCACUUUGUGAAAAUAGGAACGAUAUGAUGCCCAUACCAGAGCUCAAGAUUAGCUUUUACGAUCAGUUGUACCGUUAUGGAAGGUAAACUUGACCUUUGCACCCUCUAGCCUAAAUCGGAAAAUACAUAGAGAUUUGUGGAAGUGUCAAUAAAGAAUAUUUGCAUUCUUCUGUGGUUAACUUGUACAUGUAAAUUCAUAGAUUGUCAAUGACCUGUGUUCAUGCCUUAUAUGAUCAAAACUUGAAUCCUAAGUGCCUGCAAGCUUCAUUAUCAUUUCUGGUCUGAAAUAAAUUUUGUACUUCAUCAAAUAUUUGUAAUUUCAGAAAAUAUUAUGUUAGGAGCCAGAAGGGAAUCGAUUUAUUAAAGCUGCUCCCAAAAAUAAAAUUUUGGUUACCUUUGACAAGCAUCAAAUUUGUGGUUGUCUGGUUGUUUAGCAUGAGUUUCAUUCUAGAAGAAGCGUUCUCAUUGUACGGCAAAUGUAAGCCCGUCUUAUAAAGAGUUAAAUCAAUCGAAACUCCUCUUAUGACUCCUCUUUAUAAUAACUGCUCCGAAAAAAAUAUAUUUUGGUUACCUUUGACGGGCAUCAAACUUUUGGUCGUCUGGUUUGUUUAGCAUGAGUUUCGUUCUAGAAGAAACGUUUUCAUUGUAAAGCAAAUUUGGACCGCGUUUUAUAAAGAGUUUCAAUUUCAAGAUCUUAAUCAAUCGAAACUCCUGUUAACCGAUCGCAAGUUUGAGGUCCCUAUCCGUCAAGUACAUAGAUAUGCUUGAUAUUAAUCGCAAAUAAGUUGUGAUUAAUUGCAACCGUUUAUAGAACAGGGCCUAGAUUUGUUCAAUUUUCCUUCAGUGGUACAAUGGCUCUAGUAAGAUUUGAACCCAUGUCAUGGUCUCAUGGAUAUUCAGUGUUAAGGUUUCAUUUUUUUAAAUUGUGAUUUUAUUAAAAAUCCAUUGCGUUAAUUCUUCAUUGGUCCCCUUAGUCCAUAGUCCCCCUGGACAUCAGCAAGGUACCUUAACAACUUCAUGAUUUAUAUUUGAUAAUUCUGUAUGACGUUUCUUUAAUAAAACGUAUUUAUAAUAGUCCGCAAAUAUAUUAAUUGAAUUGGGGAAACAAAUCUUUUUAAACUUUGACACCCUGUGCCAGUGAGUUUAUCUAACGUAGUAAAUGCCAAAUAUAUAUGCAAUUUCAAUUUUUUAAAUUAAUUGGAUAGUAUUUAUGAUGAACAUUGAAAGAUAAAUGGUUUGUUAUUUGCUCUUUAUGAUAAUACCAAACAAUGACAUUUAGAACAGUCUUUGGGAGAUAAUUUGUUGGCAUUCUAACAAUUUUCAAAUAAUAUCAUAUUUUCAUAAAGUAUAUGCAACCAGGGAGAAUAAGAAAUUAAAAAUAUGUUAAAGUAUGUGGAAUGUUGUACAUCUACAGAGUUUAACAAUUAGCACAUUGACAGGUACCUUGUUUCAAAACGAAUUAUCGUCUAGAAAAUAUACAUUGGUUCUAUAAAAGCCUUAAUUAUGAAUAGAAUAUCAGUCAUUACUUGUAGGAAUGUAAAAUUGUCUCUACUUUCUCAGGUUUUGAAGAUUAUUAAUCUUUUUUAGUGGAUGAAACUUGCUUGAAAGUUUUGUCCUACGUGUAUUUUCCAUUGGUUAUAUCUACUUUAAUACAGUACUACUUUACCUACUAGCUUCUUUUUUUUAUAUCAUGCAAGUAAAAGAUUGAAUGGAAUUAUUCAAUACAUUCUCGCAUAUAUGUAAAUUAAAUGUAUAUAGAGUUAUAUAUUUAAACGAAUAUACAACCCAUAUGCAAUAGCUUGUAGUUAGAAAAAUAGAUAUUUUCACAUAGUUAUGAAUUACACUGCAAUGAAUUUGUCAAUUUGUCAUGUACAUGCAAUUGUAUUUUGUAUUUGUCAUCAUUGAUGUAUAUAAUUCUUCUUUUGUUUAUAAAUGUUACAGGCCUGCAUGAUUUGUCACGGCAAUGUGAAAAAUGUGCAAAUUAUUUCAGUCAAUCGUGCUACUUGAGUUCAAAAUAAAGCAAAGUCAGAACAUGUCCCCCAACAACUGAUAAAUAAUCCAUUAAAGAGAUUAAGUUGUCUUUAUGAAUUUCAAGAUAUGCUUGACAACUUCAAUUUCUACAGCAGAGAAUACUACAUAUAUUCCAAUAUGUAUUAUUCAUGUGCUGACUUAUAGUGGGAAAAGAAGCAGUUGUUUCUUAGUUUUGCAAAUUCAUUUCCCUUCUCCAAAUUCUUGAGUAACCUUUCACUUUUUACCCUUGCCAUUGCACUUCUUGGCAAUGCAUGUGAUAUCAGAAUGAAACAAUAUUCUAUAUGAUUAAAGUACAACCAACAAACUACACACCCUCAAGAAAGAUUACAGAGAGUCCUUUUCAGGACUCCUCGAUCCUCCCUCUCUCUCACAUGGUGCAUCCGCAAGCCUACUGUACAACAAACUCUGUCUAACAAUUCUGUCCAAUUGUCUAAUUCUUGAAAUAGUGUUUGUAAAUUAUAGUAAAUCCUUUCAAUCUUUGUAAUACAGACUUGGGAAUUAACCGUAGAUCUCUUAAAAAGAUGCAGUAAUCGAUGACUUCUCACAGGCUGUAUGUUCUAUUAUUUCUCCUUUUUGUGUAAUUGAUAGGUACUAUUUUAUCUUAUGUCUUCAUAGUCAAUCUGAUGAUUAGUUAAUUUUUUAAUUAGCAAUAAAUUGAAAAUUUGUGAUAUUCUAUUGUAAAUUCGUAUUCACUUGCUAUAUUUGUACAGCUGAUUAAUUAAAAAAAGGGCCAAAGAUAAA